UACGUGUCGAUCAAAAUAAUCAAAACAAUACGUGCUGUAGAUGAGUUAAUCCAGUUUUGCUUGUUCAACAAUUUUUACUAAUUUUUUACACAUUAAAUUGGCUGCUUACCACCUGUACCACACCAACCGGCAAGAUGAUAGACUACAGUGCAGCCGAAGCGGAGAUGGACCGUGAAAUCAAUAGCUGGGGAUAUACGAUGAACGCGACCGAUUAUAUGAGCGGUUUGCGGAACGUUCGUCCUACAGCGAACUUUGCCAGCAGUGCUAUCAGUAUGGGUCGAGGGCGCGGAUGUGUCGACAUUUCACGCCACAGACUGGAUGAAGUCCGUCUUGCAGCUCAAAUUAAUCGCCAGGCAGUACAUAAUAACCCAAUGGGACAUCUGCCGACGACCGAAGAAACACUCGCUAAAGAUGUCGGGCCAGAGAUUACAGCUGGUUUGCGUUCAAUCGGAAUCCUUAGCUCGGAUGGCCAGCUUAACGCCAAAACAACCCUUCGUAAUGCACCCCGCUGUAGCGAAGACAUUCGCAUCGAUCGAAAUGUGCCCGUAAUUUUAAACGGCGAUGUUUUCCAUGCCCUGUACCGUUCCAACGACGAGGAAUUACCGCCCCAGCCGAAACUGGAAUAUGAUCCCGCAAAACCGUUGGCAGAGCAGUUUACAACGAUUCAAGAAUUCCAAACACAACCCGAACCGGACAUAAGUGUGGAGACAAAAGCGAAAUCGGCAAAAAAGCAGAAAACCAAAAAUGGAUCGAAAAAGGGAAAAAAACAAAAGUGGACGAAGGUCCCAUUGGGCGAUAUCCUGAGUUCACCUGGCCAUAAUGAUGACAAUGGUUUGCGUCCACCUGUACCGGUAAAUAGUAUGUAUUCGGGUCGUGCCCUCUAUGGUAUCGAGGGAAAGCUAAUACUUUAGCAACGGUAUGAUAGGAUCAAUUUAGGAUAGUUUACAUUACGGAGCCUUAAUAGAUGAAAUGUUUAAUUUUCCAUAUAUAGAGCGAUACAUGUGUACAGCUGUUUAAAGAUUGCAACUGCGGUCAGUUCUUUAAAUGUUUAAACUUUUAGAAAUACGAUCGUGUAAAACCAUCUUUGCAGUGCCUUAAAGAUUUAAUAAAAAAGAUGCAAUGCCUUCACUUCCUAUGUGAAAGGGAUUGAAUUCUGUUUCAUAUGUAGCAUUUUCCAUCAUUUCUUGGUACGAUCAACGCAAUUAAAUAAAGCAAACGAUUCUACUAUAGAACUUUUAUGAUUUGAAUAAGAAUCAAUGCGACGAAGUCAAUGUACCUAAUUCCCCAAAGACUUAUUUUUAUCACGUCAAUAGCUGCUAUGGGGGGAUGGGUCCGGAAGGGAUUUCCUUGGUUCGAUUUUGGACUACGACGACACCGACAAGCUUGGAGCCUCGUUGUCUUGGCCCCAAGCAUCUGCUUAGUGUUUGGGAUAUGCUAACAGGGAAGUGCUUGAAAGAUUUAUCGAAGAUCGUAUGUUGCUGCAGACAGGGUAUUCUAGAAAUUGAUUAAACAUAGUUAGGCGAUAUAAGCGGUUAAAGAGGAAGUCAUUGUGCCCUAAAAAUGCAUGGGAAAAAAAACUUUAUGUCCUUCAGAAAUGAAUUCCAUAUCAAUUUUUCGACGACAAUAAAGAAACUUUUGUGCUGUUCGAA